GAAUGGCGUUGGUGCUUAAAAAUGUUCCCAUUUGAUGAACGGCGAGAGAAAGAUGUUUUCUUAUGUCAGACGUCACUUUUCAUCAAACGUCAGUGGGUUCUCAGUGCACGCAACAGGGGGCGACAGUUUGUCCGCCUUCGUCGCUACAGGCCGUCGACAGAGGAAGAGCCUCAGUGAGCGACUGAGUGCAGUUGAUGUUAGCUUAGUUUACAAGACGUAUAAAAAAAAAAAAAAAAAAAAAAAAAGUCACAGUCGCCAUCGACGAACCGAGAGCGAGGAGGUUGAAUCGAGGCACUCCCACGACCGCUUCGCCAAGAUGAGCUUUCUAUUUAGCAGUCGCUCAUCCAAGACGUUCAAGCCCAAGAAGAACAUCCCAGAGGGCUCGCAUCAGUAUGAGCUGCUGAAACAUGCUGAGGCCACGCUGGGCAGUGGGAACCUGAGGCAGGCGGUCAUGCUGCCGGAGGGAGAAGAUCUCAAUGAGUGGAUUGCAGUCAACACUGUGGAUUUCUUCAACCAGAUCAACAUGCUGUACGGCACCAUUACGGAGUUUUGUACUGAGUCCAGCUGCUCAGUCAUGUCUGCUGGCCCAAGAUAUGAGUACCACUGGGCCGAUGGCACCAAUAUUAAAAAGCCUAUCAAAUGCUCCGCGCCCAAGUACAUAGAUUACCUGAUGACUUGGGUUCAAGACCAGCUGGAUGAUGAGACUCUCUUUCCCUCCAAGAUUGGGGUUCCUUUUCCCAAGAACUUCAUGUCUGUGGCCAAAACCAUCCUGAAGCGCCUGUUCAGGGUUUAUGCACACAUCUACCAUCAGCAUUUUGACUCUGUGAUGCAGCUGCAGGAGGAGGCUCACCUCAACACCUCCUUCAAGCACUUCAUUUUCUUUGUCCAGGAAUUCAACCUUAUUGACCGCCGAGAGCUCGCGCCCCUGCAGGAUUUGAUCGAGAAGCUUGGUUCCAAGGACAGAUAGACAUUACGUCACACACCUCUCAUUUCUUCGCUUUUGAACACUUAGUUUUUCACCAAUUCCCUCUCUCCUCGGCUUCUGCUACCUCUGCGACUUCAGGUCUCAACUCUGUUUGUGCCUUCUUCUUGUCAUUCCUCUCAACUGAGCAUUUGAAUUGUAUUUCUAAUCCAUCUGCUGUCUUUAAAUACUGUCUGAGCCUUUUCCCUAUUCAUUUUUGUCCUUUUUGGAUAUGAAUUUGCAUCGUGUACUAAAUGUAAUAUUUGCAGGACUGGUUAAUAAGAAAAAAAAAUGUUUGUUUGUUUUUAAUUCGGAUCAAGUAAAUUCAGAAGUGAAAGUGAGCCGUUUCCUCUUUUAAAAUCAGGUUAAUGUUGUUUUUAUGCAUUCAUUAUUGUUUUUUUUACUGAAAAAAAAAAAUAUUUUUUACAUGUACAUCAGUUACUGCUACAUAGGUGAAACAUUUUUAGUAAUUAUUGGUGGACCAAACCAGGCUACAGAUUUUCAGUCCAACAUGAAGACGGUUGCUGCGCUUGGCGCCGUCGAAGGCAAUACAAUGCAUUGACGGGUGAUUGUGAGAAGCCUUUUUCACAUAUAUGACUGCAUUUCUUGUCCGUAUUCCAGGUGUUUUUCAUUAAUAUAGUAAGUCAAAUACAAGAUAGUGUAUAGGGUUUCCAGUAAACAUCUGUAUAGUGAAAAUACAAUUGAUAGAAACAUUGUGAAUGCAAAUUUUUAGUUAUUAGAUAUUUUUUGUUAGGUUAUUUCUAUGGUGCCGAUCAUUUGUGGAAAUGUGGAUGGCUGUGUAUUUCCUCAGUGUUGGUACUUAUUUCCCUGGGGGUAAACAGCUAUUACCUCCUUGCACCAAGAGGGCAAAUUUAUUGUAAAUAUCGUGGCGGUGGUCCUGUCUUGAACUCAGGCUACAGCAGCAGGGCUGUGUGUACUGCCAUCUUUUUACGAACCAAUAGCAGCUGGUAUUCUAGUGGAUAUGUUUGGAUUUGGCAAAAGUCACUGCAAAUGGAACUUAAUUCCUGAGAUAGACAUUUUAGAAUAUCAGGAACCAGCAUCUGCCAUCUGCUGCAGUAACUAUUCAUAAUGUUUUAGUAAUUACAACAUUCCUCCUUUAUUUGAUUUACAUGCUCAUAAUGCCCCUUUAUUUGAAUAUUACUCCACCCAUGUCAAAUUUAGUCCCAUAAUCAUUCUUUCUCACGAUGUACUUGAUUUGUCAUAGCCACAUUUCAUAUUUUUAUACAUGUGGAAUUACAGAGCGUACAAGGGCUUGCAAAUUAAUUGAGGGUUUUAUCGAGUCCUUGGGUGGUCAUUUUGACUGAUGGGGCAUGCACAAAUGUACAGUAUCUACUGUGUCCAAACCUUUGCUGUAAAUAAGAUCAGCAUUUUUAUCUGAUUGAAAGCUGUCCCUUUUACAUAAUGGAAAGGUCUUGAUGUGACUGUAUUGGCAGAUUUGAAGCUCAAUUUAAAAAAAAUAAAAUAAAAGGUCAAUGCUG